GUCUAUGGCUGUCCGCGCUACGCACACUGCGGCACCGUAGCAACGUAACGCUGCCAUGCCACGGGCUGUCGUGUCGAUACAAGAUGAGUCGACACCAAUUGCCAGAUGCACUCGACUCCUCCUCCUCCAAUACCGCGCCAAUAUAUUACUGCAAAGCAUCUAUUUUCGCGACUGCGUACAUACCUACACGGCACGCCUACUCAUCCUUUGGGUGCAAGCGAGCGCAUUCGCGUAUGCGUAUUGCUCAGCCCCCUCCGCAUGCGACGUAUUGACACACGCCUUUUCCGCGUCAAUAUUCGCAAUUACAUUACUGUUUUUGGCAGACGCUCAGAUCACAGCCUUCGUAUAGCCGAUGGCUGGGAAACGGCAAGCCACGCUUCCAUGCUUCCGCUUCGAGUAAUCUUCUCGAAGGCCCAUUGCUUCCACCAACACUCACUAGCCCACCACAACCAUGCACCGUACCUUUCGACUGCGUCACGCCGCAUGCUUCGAUGCGUUUUCCCUUGAUGCAUUACCCAUUGUUUCUUCUAUGCAUAUUGCUGACACUCCUAUCCUACCCGGUUCUUAACGACGUCUUGCGCGACCCCUGCUGAUUUCUGAGCAACCAACCGACAACCUUAAUGCAUCACUAAGCAUCUAUCGUCUCACCAUUGGCUCCCAACGUUCACACUUGAAUUCUCUGCUCAACGCUAAUCACCUGUAUCAUACCAUGGAGGAAUCGUACGAGAAACUCGUACAGUCUGAAGCUUAACAAACCCCACAACACAAACACUGGCAGCGGCAGCGGCAUGUCGUCACAUUGCGCAAGCGCUUUCAAAUGCAUUGUCAAUGCUUAUUCAAGGUGAAAAAAAGGACGGUAUCGAGGCCUCGACUACCAUGCCAUUUGUUAGUUGCCCACAGAGUCAGCGUCUUGCGUACGCCUU